UGUGUAUGUGUGCGCGCGGGGCGGGGGCGGCGGGAGGAGGAGCGCGCGGCGGGCGCCCCUCAGGCUCCGUGUGCGGGAGCCGGGACCGGCCCGCCAUGGAGUGACCGGCUGCUCCCGCCCGCGCUCCCGCCUCGCCGGCCGCUCUGUGGGCCGCCUCCUCGGGGUGCGGAGGAGCGGGGGAGGCAGGAGGAGCCCCCCUCGGGGGAGGGGCUGGCGCUGGGUGCCCGGCUGCCGGGCGCGGGGAGCGGAGAGAUGGCGGCGGGGAGAGCCCGGCGGCUCCUCGGCUCCCUCUGGAUCGCCCUUCUCCUCGGGCAGCCGGACCCGGCCGGGGCCGCCGCUCGGAGCGGCUCCCAGAGCCUCCUCGCAGGAUCCCUUGUGAGAACCUUCUCCCCUUUUUACUUUCUGGUGGAGCCGACAGAUGUUCUGUCAGUCCGCGGAGCAUCUGUCAUCAUGAACUGUUCAGCUUACUGCGAAACUUCGCCAAAAAUUGAAUGGAAGAAAGAUGGGACUUUCCUGAACUUGGUGUCCGAUGACCGUCGCCAGUUGUUACCAGAUGGAUCUUUAUUAAUAAACAGUGUGGUGCAUUCCAAGCAUAAUAAACCUGAUGAAGGAUAUUAUCAAUGUGUGGCCACUGUAGAGAGCCUGGGGACCAUUGUCAGCAGGACAGCAAAGCUCAUGGUAGCAGGCCUUCCCAGGUUCGCCAGUCAGCCGGAAUCCUCAUCCGUCUACAGAGGAAACAGUGCAAUCCUGAACUGUGAAGUCAACGUCGACCUGGCCCCGUUCGUGAGGUGGGAGCAGGAUCGCCAGCCCGUCUUUCUGGACGACCGUGUAUUUAAGUUGCCAAGUGGAGCUCUAAUUAUUAGCAAUGCUACUGAUACGGACGGAGGACUCUAUCGCUGCAUCAUUGAAAGCGGUGGGACCCCCAAAUACAGUGAUGAAGCCGAGCUCAAGAUUCUUCCAGAUCCGGAGGAGCCGCAGAAGCUGAGGUUUGCGAAGCAGCCGUCUUCUCUAACUAGAGUUACUGGGCAAAGUGCAGUUUUUCCGUGUGUUGCCGUAGGAUUUCCAACUCCCUACAUCAGGUGGACAAGAAAUGAAGAGGAGCUUAUCACAGAAGGCUCGGAAAGGUUGGUGCUGCUACCGGGGGGCAGCCUGGAGAUCGGGGACAUUGUGGCGGAGGACGCCGGGACCUACACCUGCCUGGCGGAGAACGGCAACGACACCAUCGAGGCGCAGGCCGAACUUUCCGUGCAAGUUCCUCCCGAAUUUCUGAAGCGACCUGCAAAUAUUUACGCUCAUGAAUCCAUGGACAUCGUGUUUGAGUGUGAGGUGACUGGAAAACCGACCCCGACUGUGAAAUGGGUCAAGAAUGGAGACAUGGUGAUCCCCAGUGACUAUUUCAAAAUCGUUAAAGAACAUAAUCUGCAAGUGCUGGGGCUGGUGAAAUCAGAUGAAGGAUUCUAUCAGUGCAUUGCAGAAAACGAUGUUGGAAAUGCCCAGGCUGGAGCCCAGCUGAUAAUACUCGACCUCGAUGUUGCCAUCCCAACAUUACCUCCCACUUCACUGACCAGUGCCACUAAUGACCAUCUAGCACCAGCCGCGACGGGACCGCUGCCCUCGGCCCCGCGGGACGUCGUGGCCACCCUGGUCUCCACUCGCUUCAUCAGGCUGACGUGGCGGACGCCCGUGUCGGACCCCCAAGGAGACAACCUCACCUAUUCCAUCUUCUACACCAAGGAAGGGAUCAACAGGGAACGCGUUGAAAAUACGAGUCGUCCCGGAGAGACACAAGUGACCAUCCAGAACCUGAUGCCAGAAACGGUUUAUGUGUUCCGCGUUGUGGCCCAGAACAGGCACGGCCCCGGCGAGAGCUCCGCGCCGCUCAAGGUGGCAACGCAGCCCGAGGUUCAGCUCCCCGGUCCGGCCCCCAACAUCCGCGCGUACGCGGGAUCCCCCACCUCGGUCACCGUCAGCUGGGAGACGCCGCUGUCCGGGAACGGGGAGAUCCAGAACUACAAGCUCUACUACAUGGAGAAGGGACAGGACACGGAACAGGACGUUGAUGUGGGCGGACUGUCCUACACCAUCAACGGCUUAAAGAAGUUCACGGAAUAUAGUUUCCGAGUGGUCGCUUACAAUAAGCACGGGCCCGGAGUCUCAACUCAAGAUGUUGUUGUACGAACGCUGUCGGAUGUCCCCAGCGCUCCGCCGCAGAACCUGACGCUGGAGGUGCGAAAUUCCAAGAGCAUCAUGCUGCACUGGCAGCCGCCUCCCGCGGGGACGCACAGCGGGCACAUCACCGGCUACAAGAUCCGCUACCGAAAGGUGUCCCGCAAGAGCGACGUCACCGAGAGCAUCGGGGGCACCCAGCUCUUCCAGCUCAUCGAAGGCCUUGAGCGAGGCACAGAGUACAGCUUCCGAGUCGCUGCGCUGACCGUCAACGGGACCGGACCAGCCACCGACUGGGUGUCGGCAGAAACCUUUGAGAGUGACCUGGACGAGACCCGUGUUCCGGAAGUGCCGAGCUCCCUGCACGUCCGGCCGCUGGUCACCAGCAUCGUGGUGAGCUGGACCCCGCCGGAGAACCAGAACAUCGUGGUGAGGGGCUACGCCAUCGGCUACGGCAUCGGCAGCCCGCACGCGCAGACCAUCAAGGUGGAUUACAAGCAGAGAUACUACACCAUCGAGAACCUGGACCCCAGCUCCCACUAUGUGAUAACUCUGAAGGCGUUUAACAACGUGGGGGAGGGAAUCCCCCUGUACGAGAGCGCGGUGACCAGACCCCACUCAGACACUUCCGAGGUUGAUUUGUUUGUUAUUAAUGCUCCAUACACUCCAGUGCCAGAUCCGUCGCCCAUGAUGCCGCCGGUGGGAGUUCAGGCUUCCAUCCUGAGCCACGACACCAUCCGCAUCACUUGGGCAGACAACUCCCUGCCCAAGAACCAGAAGAUCACGGACGCUCGCUACUACACCGUGCGCUGGAAAACCAAUAUUCCCGCUAAUACCAAGUACAAGACUGCAAACGCCACCACUUUGAGCUACUUAGUGACGGGGUUAAAGCCAAACACCUUGUACGAAUUCUCCGUGAUGGUGACCAAAGGUCGGAGAUCGAGCACCUGGAGCAUGACGGCGCAUGGAACGACGUUUGAAUAUGUGCCGACUUCUCCUCCCAAAGACGUGACGGUGGUGAGCAAGGAGGGGAAGCCCCGCACCAUCAUUGUGAACUGGCAGCCUCCGUCCGAAGCCAACGGCAAAAUCACAGGAUACAUCAUUUACUACAGCACGGAUGUGAACGCCGAAAUACACGACUGGGUUAUUGAACCUGUGGUGGGAAACAGACUGACCCACCAGAUCCAGGAGCUGACCCUCGAUACCCCGUAUUACUUCAAAAUCCAGGCCCGCAACUCCAAGGGGAUGGGCCCCAUGUCCGAGGCGGUUCAGUUCCGAACACCCAAGGCUGAGUCCUCAGAUAAAAUGCCAAACGAUCAAGCAUCUGGCUCCGCAGGGAAGGGCGGCCGCCCGCUGGACAUGGGCCCGGAUUACAAACCCCCACUCGGCGGCAGUAACAGCCCCCAUGGAAGUCCCACCUCUCCCCUGGACAGCAACAUGCUCCUGGUCAUCAUCGUCUCCGUCGGGGUCAUCACCAUCGUCAUCGUGGUCAUAGUCGCCGUCUUCUGCACCCGGCGGACAACCUCGCACCAAAAAAAGAAACGAGCUGCCUGCAAAUCAGUGAACGGGUCCCACAAGUACAAGGGAAACUCCAAAGAUGUCAAACCUCCUGACCUUUGGAUCCACCAUGAAAGACUCGAGCUAAAACCCAUCGAUAAAUCUCCAGAUCCCAAUCCCAUCAUGACCGAUACCCCCAUCCCUCGCAACUCCCAAGACAUCACCCCGGUGGAUAAUUCCAUGGACAGCAAUAUCCAUCAAAGGCGGAAUUCCUACAGAGGGCACGAGUCGGAAGACAGCAUGUCCACGCUGGCUGGAAGAAGGGGGAUGAGACCCAAGAUGAUGAUGCCUUUCGAUUCUCAACCACCUCAGCCUGUGAUUAGUGCUCAUCCCAUCCAUUCCCUCGAUAACCCUCACCAUCAUUUCCACUCCGGCAGCCUCGCUUCUCCAACUCGCAGCUAUCUCCAUCACCAGGUCAGCCCGUGGCCCAUUGGCACAUCCAUCUCCCAUUCAGACAGGGCCAAUUCCACAGAAUCCGUCCGGAACACACCCAGCACCGACACCAUGCCGGCCUCCUCGUCUCAGCCGUGCGCUGAGCACCAGGACCCCGAGGGCUCGGCGGGGCCUUACCUGGGUGCUGCGCCGGAGGAGGACGCGGCUCAGUCCCUCCCGACCGCGCACGUCCGGCCAUCACACCCGCUCAAGAGCUUCGCGGUGCCGGCGGUGCCACCGGCCGGGGCCGCGUACGACCCCGCGCUGCCCAGCACACCCUUACUGACCCAGCAAGCUCCUAACCAUCCAGUUCACUCGGUGAAGACUGCGUCGAUUGGGACUUUAGGAAGAACUCGCCCCCCCAUGCCAGUGGUGGUUCCCAGCGCCCCUGACGUGCAGGAGACCACCCGGAUGCUGGAGGACUCGGAAAGCGUGAAUUACGAACCGGACGAGCUGACCAAAGAGAUGGCCCACCUGGAAGGACUCAUGAAGGACCUUAACGCCAUCACUACAGCGUGACCACCCGCACCGGGACACGACUCCAGACACUUUGCAAGUCUUGGGACUCAGCCUUGGAACACAAGGAAUUGUACAGAGGAAAGAAAAAAAGAUUAAAAAAAGAUAAAAAAUAAAGAGGGACAGCACACGAGAGCAUGUACGGAAAGCAAACGAGCCAGGCAGCGCGUCUGCGCUACAGCCGGGCGAGAAGAGACGACCUGUCUUGUCAUCCAAGUCAUUGCCACGUGGGAUUCCACGUCCGUGCAGGACGGGCCGGAAUCGGCAUCCAGACAAAAGGAAAGCAAGUGGACUUCGUGUUGGGUUUGUUUGGGUUAUUUUCCUUUGGGUCAGGUUUUGUCUCAGUGGUGUGAUUGCCCUGCCUUUUCAGUGUUGGACAUUGGCAUUUAUGUACAAUUUCUGGUUUUGUUUUAUCUUUUUUUAUAAAAAGGAAAAAAAAAUAUUGUAAUCAAAAAAAAAAAAAGAGGAGAAACUGUUGUUUUCCACAGCCUAGACUGACGUUUGACUGCUUGUUCUAUUGUGUAUGAAAAUUCAUUGCCAGCGUGGGUUGUUCUGUUUUGUUUUAUAUUCUGCGUAUAAUUACGUCCCCUUCUGGCAGUUAAUCCAUGGCCUUUUGGGAUGCUGCACUGCUAUUUGUAAGCUUUUUUUAUUAUUUUUAUAUUAUAAUUAUUAAAAGCCUGACUUUUUCCUCUCAUCACUGUGAGAUUACCAGUCUGUUUGAAUUGAAAUGUAAUUUGAAAGGCUUGUUUGUCGCUUUUUGUGCAGUUUCAAUAUUUUAAGUGGGGAGGGAAAGUAGAUGGGGAAGGGGGAGGGGAAUCCAGCGGGAAGUUUCAUUAUUGUUGUUUUCCUGUCUUUCUACAUGGACUCGAAAGACCGAAGCAAAUGAAAGCAUCUUCUGUAAUGUCCUUCCCUGUACCUUCAGCAUACUGUGGUUAACAAAUGGCAGUGAGUCUCAUUUAGAAACAUUAAAAUAAAUUCCUCCUGUAAAGUAGGGUUCCUUAUGUUCAGAUGACACUAACGCUUCUCUGUGGACCUUUCCUCAUCAACAACAGAUCAUAUCAUAUUUUUGAGAACACCACGUGUCCACAGGAUCCUGCAGCAGCAAGUCCAGCCCCAGUGCCGUGUCCCUACCCUGUUGAAACCAGAAUCCUUCUCUUCAGGAUCGUUCAGAGACAUGAGCAAGGCAAAAAUGUAUUUUUUUACACUUUGGGAGCCGUUUGAAAAGAAAAACCAGUAUUAGCGCCUCAGGUGCUGUUCACGUAUCUGGCUAGAGAGGAAGGAAAUUUCAAAGGGAAUUCCUAUAUGAGGGGAAAGAAAAGGGUGUUUUCUCCUCAACUGCCUGGCUCUGCCAUACUCUGUGAGGAGAAAUGACAUACAAAGAGGGAAAAAAUACAAUACUCAGCUGCGUAACAAAUUCAUGUGCAAUUUCAUUUGCAAGAUGAAAGGAAACUCCAAACUUACUGAGGAUUGGGUUGGAGCGUCUGUUCCUCCAGAGCGGUGCGAUUUGCCAUGUCGGGCGCUCAGCGGUGACGAUGGAGGACGCGCGGGUCACCGGUGCUGCCUCUGCUGGAGCAGUAAGAGGAAUGUUGGAAUCUGCUUACAUUAAAAUAAAAUAACCAAAAGCAAUCCACAAAAAACCCACCACCAUCUCCAGGUACAUUAAUUUUCAUAGUCCCUGUCGCUAAGAGAAGGAAGAGCCAGUUUUACUUCCUUUCUUUUCCUGGACUCUGCGUUGUCAUUUCUAGGACAUUUGCUGGUUUAUUUAUUAUUUGAAGGUGGGGGAGGAAUCAAAUUAAUCAGAGCACCGUGGGCAACCCAGAUAAUUGAUGUUUGGAAUUUUAAUCAACACAAUUCAGGGCAAAAUAAGCUACAGAAUAUGUAUUGAAGUAAUGAACUACACACCCUGUCCUGAAAGGAGGGGGUGUAUGUUUUCCUUUGCCUGUUUUCUACCUGUACCCAAAGAAAUGCCAUCAUACAUACACAGUAUUCUUAGCUGGUGGGUCUUUGUGAAUAUUACUUAUGUAUAACACCAUGAAUGUUAAUAUUGUCAUUGAAUUUGGGGAGGGGGAAUAUUUUUAAUGAUAAAACAACUGUUCAAAGUUGGUUUUUUAAGGUUAAACUAAAAAAAAAAAAAGAAAAAAAACAGCAAACAUUUAUUCAAUUCAGUGUACAAUCUGUAUUGCACUUUUUCACAUUUUAAUGCUACGUUUUCUUACGUAUCCUGUGAUUUUCCAUUUGGAACAUUGUGUAUCCUUGUAGUGUCAUAGCCAAGCUGUGCAGUGACAGCUUCCCUCAGAGACAUUUGGGGAAAAACCAAACCUGUAUAUUGUUUUAUGAUUCUCAUGUAGAAUUUCGAGGCCUGCUGUAGACGUCUACCUUUCUGUACAAUUUUUUUGCUUUUCUGUAGUAUUUGCUGUAUACUCUAUGGCUUUUUUUAAUAACUUCAUGUUUAUUAUUUUGUAUUGGACAUCCAAUACACUUUUUUUAAUCCAAUCGAA